UGCGCAUGCGCUGUACAACGAACGGGAAGUAAACAGGAAGUAAACGAAACUCAUGCCUGCUGCGUCAAGCGCGUGUCGCAUUGCUUUGUGAACUUGUUACUUGGAUACGCAAACUACGGUCGGACACGACUCGUCCUGCUUUGUGACCCAGGGAAGUGGAGAGUGAAGAUCCACAGUGCCUUUCGCCAUGGAAACCCUAACGUCUGGAAACGACGGUGUCGUCCCUCACCACAGUCGGAAGAAGAGGCAAAGCUUCCCAGCGGGACACACGCCACUGCUGGACACGCCUCAGACAGACGAGAAAGAGUUGAGAAAGAAGGAGAAGAAAAAGAGAAGGCUAGAGGCUGAGUGUACGGAGAUAAUCGACCUGGACGAUGACGCAGGGAUGGGCCAGGGGCGCACAUCAAAUGAGGCCGGUCAGUCCGCCACCCAGGGAACAACACCCCGCAAGAAGAAGAAGAAGCAGAGGAUAGAGGCUGAGUGUACAGAGACAAUCGACCUGGAUAAUAACGAUGACCGAGGGAUGGGCAAGGGGUGCACAUCAGAUGAGGCCACCCAGGAAACAAAACCCCACAAGAAGAAGAAGAAGAAGAAGAAGAAGGACCUAGUACUCCUUCAUGAGGAAGAGAAGGGAGAAGAACACAGCGAGGUGCCAGUGGUCGUAGAAACAAGUAUUUCCAAAAAGAAGAAAAAGCACCACAACAUGACCGUCGAGGAGAACAUUGCUGUGGUCACGACUAACGACAACAGCCAAAACACGGUGGGACCGCUGGCCAAGGCCAAGAACCUGAAGAAAAAGAGUGUGGUUGUGACAGAGUCGAUGGACGUUACUCCAGACCUGGGCGUGGAGAGACUGGAAGGCCAACCGGUUGCAGGCGGAGGUCCACUGGAAGAUGUACCUUCUCAUAAAGAGAAGAAAUCGAAGAAAAGAAUUUGGAACAAAGAGAUUCAGAAAGGGCUACGAGAUGAAUUAGAAACACUGAAGAUGAUUGAGCUGAGGUUGUACGUUCCUGGAAUCGAUUCUCGCCCGCCUUCUGUCAUUCAGAGUAUGCUGCGGUAUGACCUGACCCGCUUCAGAGAGUUCAAGCAUAAAGGCAUUGACCUGCGCUCGGGCCGGUGGUUGAUAGAGGAAAACAAUAAGAUCCGGGAGAAUGUGGCAGACUUCCUUGCCCUCACCGGCAUCCCGUCAGCCAGUCACCUUUUCUUCCCGGCCAGACUCACGGACAAAGAACAAAAGUACAUCAGGAAGUUGCGGGUGGCAAACCGUUUCACGGAGAAGAUUGCUGAUGGCAUCCCCAGGCCAUGCUUCAAAAUUUAUAUCCGAGGGCGGAAGAUCUUUGAUGAACUUAACUACAAGGGCAGGUUUACCGAGGAGGAGGACACUCUGCUAAAGAAGAAGCAGCUUAUCCAUGGAAAUAACUGGGUAGCUGUCUCCCAGGGAAUGGAGCGCAGUACAUUCAGCAUCCAGAAACGCUUCAAUAUGAUGAAGACUGUAACAGGGACGUGGUCCCCGAAAGAAAGGGACGUGCUGGAAGGGGCAAUAAAAGUACAUUUGAAGAAGCUGGCCGCAGAGAACCAGGCUGGGGCUGCCGGGGAUGGGGCCAGUGCCGGGUCUGGCCCAGAGGAGCUGUGGGUCACCAGACGCCAGCUGUACCAUAAUCUGCCCUGGAUGUCCAUCAGCGAGAAGGUCCCAGGCCGGUCCUGGGUCCAGUGUCGAGAGAAAUGGUUCACCAUUUUGAAGCCGAAAAUCGCCUCUCGUAAAGAAGGGCAGCCUGGAGGAUUCCAGCGUGUCCGUUCCAGGAUCACGCUCAUCAACACGCUGUAUGCGAUGGACCUGGAGGACCCUGCAGAGAUCGACUGGGAGCAGGUGUCCGAGUGCGUGGGCAAUGUAACACCUUACACCACCCAGAAGAUGCUCAACAUGCUCAAAAUCACCAGUGUUCCACACUCGUCUGUCCUCACCUACUCUGAGACGAUUGACUUCCUGCACGAUAAAGUGAUCCCCCUGCUGAGGAGCAAGGUGAGGAUGGAGGAUCUCUGCCCUCUGGAGUCGGAGGAGGUUCGACAAAGGUACAUGCUGUCACACAUCUUCUCUGAGGAGGAGUUUGUGGAGCUCGACCUCACCGCCUGACCUGUACAGCCCAAGGAAGGAGCACGCCCACACCUAAGGGACAGGAAGGAGCACGCCCACACCUAAGGGACAGAUCUGAUUCUUCUGGUUGUGUUACCGAUGUCCCGCCCUCCUGUCCGAUUUUGCCUCGGAGCUCGCGGUCGACUGGAAGCGAGCGUUACACUGUUCUGCAUGGGCUCAAAUGUACAGAACUUCACCUUGAUUUUGUGUGGUCUUUUUGGUUUGAUUAUGGUUUGUUUUUUUUAAAGCAACUUUUUAAAAACCAAUCAUUGUAAAACUAUAAUCUUUGUCAAACAUUGUAACAUCUAAUUCAUGAAUUAAAUACUGUUGGAUGGAC